CCAACACAACAAGCAUUUCCAGAGAAGCGAAACUGAUCUGUGAUACUUUGCUGCUCAGCCUGUUGCUGUGUUUACUAUAAUGGCAGAUGCAAUGGACUUGAUGAAUUGUUCAAUUUGUCUGGAUCUACUGAAAUAUCCGGUAGCUAUUCCCUGUGGACACAACUACUGUAUGGGCUGUAUUGAGGACUGCUGGAAUCAGGGUGAUCUUAACGGUGUCUACAGCUGCCCAGACUGCAGAAAGACCUUUACCCCGAGGCCUGUUCUGAACAAAAAUACUCUACUGAUUGAAUUGGUGGAGAAACUGAAGAAUACAAGACUACAUGCUGCUUCAGCUUCUCACUGUUAUGCUGAACCUGGAGAUGUGGAGUGUGAUUUCUGCAUUGGGAGAAAACUCAAAUCUGUGAAAUUCUGUCUGGUGUGUCUGGCCUCUUACUGCGAGACUCAUCUACAGCCUCAUUAUGAAGUAGCUCCAUUAAAGAAGCACAAGCUGGUCAAAGCAUCCACACAACUCCAUGAGAUGAUCUGCUCUCAUCAUGAUAAAUUGCUGGAGGUUUACUGCCGUACAGAUCAGCAGUGUAUCUGUUAUCUUUGUGCAGUGGAUGAACAUAAAGGCCAUGAUACAGUGUCAGCUGCAGCAGAAAGAACUGAAAAACAGAAACAGUUGGAUGAGAAACAGCAGAUAUUAAAGCAGAGAAUCCAGAAGACGGAGAUGGGGGUAUUGGGGGCGAGACAGUCUAUACAGUUUAUCAAGAGCUCUGCACAGGCAGCAGUGGAGGACAGUGAGAGGAUCUUUCCUGAGCUUAUCCGCUCCAUUGAGAGAAGGAGCUCUAAGGUGAAGCAGCUGAUCAAAGCCAAGGAGAUGGCUGAAGUGAGUCGAACUGAAGGACACCUGAAGCAACUGGAGGAGGAGGUGGUUGAGCUGAGGAGGAAGGACGCUGAGCUGGAGCAGCUCUCACACACAGAGGAUCACAUCCAUUUUCUCAAGAGUUUCCAGUCUUUCUCUGUCCCGCCGGGAAUUGAGGGCUUACUCAGCACUUUUAACCCUCAUGUCUCCAUUGAGGAUGUCAAGAAGUCACUCUCUGAACUACAAGACCGAAUGGAGAAUGUAUUCAAUGAGGAAAUGGUAAAGAUAUCUAGAAAAGUUGGAUCUGCCUUUCAUUUAGCCAGUAGCCCUAUGAGGAAAAUCCUCUUCUGCUUUGGAGAAUGCACCUCUGGCUUCAGCUUCCAACCAGUUAUCAGUCCCUCCAAGUCCCUGGCCAAGCUGAACCGGAUCAGAGUGUCUGUGGACGAGGACCAGGACGUGACUCAAGACAAACAGGCUACUAAAACCAAAGUCUUUACUGGUGGGCCAGUUUCAGUGGGAGGAUUUACUUUUAGAUUUGGGGCCGACUCUCAGCUCACCACCAACCCUCCCAUCCCUGAGUCUGGCUACUUCAUCAAGCCCUUUGUCGUACCUGUCCAACCAGCUAAGAGCAUUGAGCGAAAGCCUGUGGACUUUGGGAAGAUGUCGUUUGGCCAGCCGAUCCCUGCUGAGCCUCCUAAAGUGCUUAGCUUUGGUGCUGGAAUAGUCGCCCAGUCCACUCCAUCAUCCGCUGCCUUUAAAUUCAACUCCAACUUUAAAUCCAAUGACGGGGACUUCACCUUCAAGUCCAAAAAUAGUGAGACCCUGUUGAAGCUUCUAACGUCAGACAUUCCCACCAAAUCAGAGGGACCCUCAGAGAGGAAGCCCCAAGUGCCUCCUAGUCAGGGAGGGAUUUUUACCUUUGGCACUAAAAGCGCUCCUGGGUUCUCCUAUAAUGACUCAAUCCAGAUCCAGGACAAACCAAACCUGUUUGGAAAAUUUGACCAGCCAUUUAGUUUCACUGAUGUAACCACGCCGGUAUUUGGGCUGGCAAACACAGCAGAGGAGGAGAAGGGAGCCGAGAGCAACAACGACAGCACUCAUGUGGAGGAAGACGAGGAUGGGCCUCACUUUGAGCCUAUUGUGCCCCUCCCUGACAAAGUAGACGUGAAGAUUGGAGAGGAGGAAGAGGAGGAGAUGUUCUGUAACAGGGCCAAGCUGUUCAGAUUCGAUGCGGAGACAAAAGAGUGGAAAGAGAGAGGUAUCGGCUUAGUCAAAAUCCUAAAGCACAAUACAUCAGGGAAAGUGCGUCUGCUGAUGAGGAGGGAGCAGGUUCUGAAGAUCUGCGCUAACCACUACAUCACGCCAGAUAUGAUCCUGAAAUCAAAUGCUGGAUCUGACAAGUCCUGGGUCUGGAAUGCCGUUGAUUAUGCGGAUGAGGAACCAAGGCCUGAGCAACUGGCCAUCCGGUUCAAAACGGAAGACGAGGCAUUGCUCUUCAAGACAAAGUUUGAAGAGGCUCAGAAGAUCGUUCCCAAAUCUCCAAAAAUGCAGCAAGAUCAGUCAUAUAGGAAAAAUAAUUUUCCUAAACUCUCUGCUCCAUUGGCGACAAACUUUGCUGCCCAAUUAGCAAAGAAGUACGGGGAGUGGGACUGCGAUGUGUGCUGUGUAAGAAAUGCAGCUAAAGUUAUGCAGUGUGUUGCCUGCCAGACUGCCAACCCUAAUGCCCCAUCAAAGCUGGACAGCGUGCCGGCUACUGACAUCAAAGGGUUUACUAGUGGGGCAGCUUCAGUGGGAGGAUUUACUUUUGGAUUUGGAGCUGACUCAUCAAAAGACACCAGCAGCGCAGGAUCUAUUGGAAAAGGAUUUGGGUCUUUUGGAGCUCAGAUACCCUCCUCCUUUACAUUUGGAACCAGUGGCACCACUUAUAUACCUGCUGCUGGUUUUGGUGCCCAGUUUGGAAAGAGGCAAGAAACCACAAAAGUUGCAGCAGAAUCAAAGCCCUCAACCAUGCCAUUUGGCUCUGGAUUUGGUGUGCAGUUCGGCAUAAAUCCAGGGCAGUGGGACUGCGAUACAUGCACUUUAAGAAAUGAGGCAUUUGCAAACAGUUGUCUCUCUUGUCAAACUCCUAGCCCUUCAGAAAAACCUGCUGCUGUUGCCCCAGCUUUGGCAACCCUCUCAAUUGGGUCUGGAUUUGGUGCACAGUUUGGCAAAAAACCAGGGCAGUGGGAGUGUGACACGUGUCUUGUUAGAAAUGAGGAGUCUGCUAGCAGUUGUGUUUCUUGUCAAACUCCUAACCCUUCUGCAAAAUCAACAGUAGAGGUAGCACCAACAACAGAGCCAACAGUGUCAGACUUUGGUGCUGCUUUUUCAAGGAAGGAUGGACAAUGGGACUGUGACACAUGUCUUGUCAGAAACAACGACUCUGCUAGUCAAUGUUUCUCCUGUCAGAUGCCCAAUCCCAAUGUUAAGAGCAUAGCCACAGCUGCCACUUCCAGAUCAUCCUUCAGCUUUAACUUCGGGAGUCGGACUGCCUCUACUCAACCCACAGGCACUGGGUUUAAAGCAAACUUCAACGGUGACAGCUCUUUGCAGUUUGGUACAGGCAAAGUUGAUAAAAGUUCCCCUGCAUCCUUCAAGUUUGAGACCCCUCCUCAGGCUGAAAGCAGUACCCCCAGUGCUGCAGGCUUCUCUUUCACCAUGCCCAUCCCAGCAGGUGGCUUUAAGUUUGGCACUCAGGAAACUGCAAAGGAAACCCUACCAGCUGAAACUCAGACUCCUUCUUCAGGGUCUGCGUCAAUGUUCCUGAAGAAUAUCGCAGAGCAGCACAGAGAGAAGGAAUCUGGUGUCAGUGUAUAUCCAUCAGUGCUGUCAGUGGACAAGACGGGUCAGGAUGAAAAUCCCCUCUUCAUUGGCAAACCCAACGACUUCAGUUUUGCAGACUUGGCUAAAAACUCACAAGGAGACUUCCAGUUUGGUCAGACUGACUCCAAUUUCAAAGGCUUCACCCGCGCUGGUGAGCAGCUGUUCACAUCCCUUCAGUCAAACCAAAGGGCAGACACCUCAGCUGACCAGGAUGAAGAGGGCAUAUACAAGACAGAGGAUAAUGACGAUAUCCAGUUUGAGCCUGUGGUCCAGAUGCCAGAGAAAGUGGACCUGGUCACAGGAGAAGAGGACGAACAGGCCCUCUACUCCCAGAGAGUGAAGCUCUUCAGGUUUGACGGAGACAUCAGCCAGUGGAAGGAGAGGGGUGUUGGGGUCCUCAAGUUCCUGAAGAACGCCACCAAUGGCAGGCUCAGGGUGCUGAUGAGGAGAGAGCAGGUCCUGAAGGUGUGUGCCAACCACUGGAUCACCACCACCAUGAACCUGAAGCUCUUGGCUGGCUCCGACAAGGCCUGGAUGUGGCUGGCUAAUGACUUCUCUGAUGGAAAUGCCAGACUGGAGCAACUCGCUGCCAAGUUUAAAACCCCUGAGCUGGCUGAGGAGUUCAAGCUGAAGUUUGAGGAGUGUCAGAGGCUCCUGUUAGACAUCCCACUGCAGACUCCUCACAAGCUUGUUGACACAGGCAGAUCUGCACAUCUCAUCCAGAAGGCAGAGGAGAUGAAGUCCGGCCUGAAAGAUCUUAAAUCUUUCCUGACCGAUGACAAAACCAAGAUCAAGGAGGACGACAGCCAUGCUAACAUCACGACAGCCAGUAACACCUCUGGUCUGAAUAUCAAGCCCCACGCAGAGAACACUGGCCCUACCUUAGAAUGGGACAACUAUGACCUGAGAGAGGAGGCUCUGGACGACAGUGCUGACACCUCUGUCUACGCCUUACCCCUGGCAAGCAGCCCAAUCAGGAAGAACCUCUUCUGCUUUGGAGAAUCCACAGAGGGCUUCAACUUCAGCUUCCAGCCUGUCGUCAGUCCCGCCAAGUCGCUGGCCAAGAUGAACCAGAGCGGGGUGUCUGCGGACGAGGAGCAGGACAUUAGCCAGGAGGAGGAGCGGGACGGCCUGUACUUUGAGCCUGUGGUUCCCCUGCCAGAUCUGGUGGAGAUCUCCACUGGAGAGGAGAAUGAAAACGUGUGUUUCAGCCACAGGGCAAAGCUGUAUCGCUAUGACAAAGACCUGAAACAGUGGAAGGAGAGGGGCAUCGGAGACCUCAAGAUACUGCAGAACUGCGAUACCAAACGAGUCAGACUCAUCAUGAGGAGAGACCAAGUCCUGAAAAUCUGCGCCAACCAUUGGGUCACAUCUUCUAUGAAGUUGGAGCCCAUGAAGGGUGCUGAGAAGGCCUGGGUCUGGAGCGCUAUUGACUUUGCCGAGGGAACUAAGGGAAAUGUUGAGCAGUUAGCUGUGAGAUUCAAACUGAAGGAUGUGGCUAACUCCUUCAGAGAUAUAUUUGACCAGGCUAAAACUGCCCAAGAGAAUGAGAUUCUGGUCACUCCAAUCGCCUCCAGUGUGUUGAGUGAGACCCUUAAUCAGGAGGAAGCAAUAGCGAUGGGGACAACCGUGUGUGGACAAGCUGCUGUGGCCAUCCUGGAGGAGACCACCACAGAACGGACGGAGCUGAAUCAUGAGACUUUACACACCCCUGACUGUAAGUCCUCCACCGGUACUCCACAUAGCCCUCUCAACCUCUCCAGAAUGGUGAUGUCCCCACCCAAGUUCCUCUUUGGAACAGACUCUCUCCAAAAGGUUUUCGGCAGCAGCCCACCAUCAUCCAAGGAGGAUAGUUCUCCAGAGAGCUCCAAGGUUAAAGACAGCGGUCGGACCUCCCAGCCUUUAACUGCAUUCAAAAUCUCAGAAAAAGGAUUGGACUUUAGGCUUUUCAAAGAUAACCCAAAGAAUUUUUGGACCAGCACCUCAUCCACCCAAUUUGAGCCCCCAGCACCCUCCCAUGCGGAGGCCGACAGUGAGGUGGAAGUGGUGUAUGUGAGGCAGCCAACAGUUGAGCAGGCUCUUCUGGCUAAGGAACUCCUGCUGCCUCUCACCUUCUUCUGCUACCAGAACGAACCAGGAUAUACCAGCGACGACCAGACUGAUGAUGAGGACUUUGAGACAGCAGUUAAAGCCCUGAAUGGAAAACUGUACCGGGAUCCUCCUGAGAGAGAGGCUGUAAGUGCAGGUUCUGUAGGCCAGGCCGAGGCAGGUGUUGAAGGUCUGGACCCGGAGGUUGAGGUUUUAUGGGAGAGGAGGCCAACUCCAGAGGAGGAACAGAAAGCCAGGAACCUGCAGCUGCCUUCAACCUUCUUCUGUGGUGUAGGCAGCGACAGCGAGGCAGAGAAGGACAAGCCAGAGGACUUUGAGACAGAGUUCCGCAAAGCACAGGAGGCUCUGGAUGCUGAGAGAAGCUCAGACCCUGUUUCAUCUGAGGAUGUGUCCUCCAGCACCUGCGAUACAGUGCCAGAACAACCGGUCCCAGACCAGUACCCCAGCAGCCAGGAACAGGCUUCAGAUCAGUCUGGGGCAGAAGUCCAGUCCACUACAGCAGAAGAACAGGUCCCAGAUCAGUCCUUAACCAUACAGGAGGCUGAAAUCCCAACCCCAGGUAGCCAGGAACAAGCUACAGAACAGUCGGUUACCAUCCAGGAGGCAGAAGUCCAGUCUUCUACAGCAGAGGAACAUGUCUCAGAUCAGUCCUUAACCAUUCAGGAGGCUGAAAUCCCAACCCCAGGUAGCCAGGAACAGGCCACAGAUCAGCCGGUUACCAUCCAAGAGGCAGAAGUCCAGUCAUCUACAGCAGAAGAACAUGUCCCAGAUCAGUCCUUAACCAUACAGGAGGCUGAAAUCCCAACCCCAGGUAGCCAGGAACAGGCCACAGAACAGUCAGUUACCAUCCAGGAUGCAGACAUCCAAUCUUCUACAGCAGAGGAACAGGUCCCAGUUCAAUCAGUAACCAUCCAGGAGGCAGAGGUCCAGUCCACCACAGAGGAGCAGCAGACUCCAGAUCAGUCAGACUCCACUUCAACACCAUCGCAGACUGCCGUCUCCCUCAGCAGGGAGCAGGCUACCACUCCAAACCCUUCAGAAAAACCUGCUGCUAGUCCCCCAGCUUUGGUAACCCCCUCAUUUGGUUUUGGAUUUGGUGCACAGUUUGGUAAAAAGCCAGGGCAGUGGGAGUGUGACAUGUGUCUUGUUAGAAAUGAGGAGUCUGCAAGCAGUUGUGUUUCUUGUCAAACUCUAAACCCUGCUGCCAGCAGCGGGGAACAGGCUCCAGAUCAGUCAGACUCUACUCCUGCAGCUAUCAGCAGCAGCCCUAUAGACCUGUCUGCCAAGAAGACCUCUGAGCCUGACUCCAAUACUACAUUUACUACAACCACUACUCGGGAUGCUCUUAACUCAUUUGGCUCAUUGGGCUUCAGUGCUCUAGGAGGGGAAGGAUUCUCCUUUGCUGAUCUGGCACAUAACACUGGGGGGGAAUUUGCCUUUGGAAAACAAGAUUCCAACUUCUCGUGGGCGAAUGCCGGGGCUACGUUGUUUGGAGCUGCAGCCCCAGCCAAAGCUGAGGGAGGGGAGGAGGAGUGUGAUGAAGGGGACACUAAUAAUGUGGGCAUUGACUUUGAACCCAUAGUCUCUCUACCAGAGGUGGAGACUAAGUCAGGGGAGGAGGAUGAGGAGAUCCUGUUUAAGGAGCGUACCAAGCUGUACCGCUGGGAGAGAGACCUGGCCCAGUGGAAGGAGAGGGGUGUGGGAGACAUCAAGAUCCUCUUCCACCCCGAUAAGCGGUUCUACCGGGUGCUGAUGAGGAGGGAGCAGGUGCUGAAGGUCUGUGCCAAUCACACCAUCUGUCAGAGCAUGGAGCUCAAACCCAUGGACACCUCUAACCAAGCCCUUGUCUGGACAGCUACUGACUUUUCAGAGGGUGAGGGUAAGGUGGAACAGUUGGCAGCCAAGUUUAAGACCGCAGAGCUGGCCGAGAGUUUCAGGAAGACCUUCUGUGAGUGUCAGAGUCAUAUGAGCCAAUCAGAGGCCUCAUCCCUCUCCAGACGCCAAUCCCCAGGUCAGUGUUUCCCCUAGUCCACUAAACCCGAGCCCCUGGGAACGGUCACCAUAGAACUGUUCUCUCACAUCGUCCCCAAGACAGCUGAGAACUUCAGAGCGCUGUGUACAGGACAGAAAGGCUUCGGGCUGCGCAACACUGUCUUCCACAGGGUCGUACCCGACUUCAUGUGUCAGGGUGGAGACAUCACCAACCAGGAUGGGACAGGAGGGAAAUCCAUCUACGGGCACAAGUUUGAGGAUGAGAAUUUUGACGUGCGCCACACAGGCCCGGGGCUAUUGUCCAUGGCCAACCACGGCCGAGACACCAACAACUCCCAGUUCUUCAUCACUUUGAAGAAGGCUGAGCACUUGGACUUCAAACACGUGGCCUUUGGCUUCGUCAGAGAGGGCAUGGAUGUGGUUCGCAGCAUGGGAGAGCUGGGCACCAAGACUGGCAAACCCAGCAAGAAGAUUGUCAUCACCGAAUGUGGACAACUGUAGAGCUUUGUUCUGUUCACUGACUGUUGACAACUCAACUGUAGAGCUUUGCUCUGUUCACUGACUGUUGACAACUCAACUGUAGAGCUUCGCUCUGUUCACUGACUGUUGACAACUCAACUGUAGGGCUGAGAUCUGGUCACUGACUGUUGACAUCUCAACUGUAGAGCUUCGCUCUGUUCACUGACUGUUGUCAACUCAACUGUAGGGUUGAAAUCUGGUCACUGACUGGACGUCUAUUGGCCUUCGCUCUGGCCAUGGACUGGACAGUGAUAGGCUUUCAAACGGUUGAGUGGACAACUAUAGUAGGCAAAUCUCAAAUGAGACCCUAUACCUCAUGUAAUGUACAACAUGUUUUUUUGUGUUUUUUUGCAGAGCCCAUGUGGAUUGCACUAAGGGUUCUGGUAGUGUACUACAGGGGAAAUAGGGUGUCAUUUGAGACAGAGAUGGUCUACUUUUCAUAAGUGUUGCCCCACCCUGAGGGCAGCAUCUGACUGUGUGAAUCCCCAGUCUGGAUUUUUGUGUAUAAUGCACAUUCACUUUUCAUGUGUUCCAAUAAGAGUUGAAAACGCUGGUUCCUUCAUAAGCUCCCGAACUUGAUUGAUUUGCAUAAUUAAGCAUUUUGAACUAUGUUCCUCUCUCCUGCUCCCUGUGAAUACUUUUAGGUGUGGUGGUGUGUUUUUGUGUAUACAUUGAUUUCAUAAUGUGCAAAUCAUUGAGACGAACCUUGUUCAUCUUAAACUCCGAAAUUAGGAAUAUGAAGAACUAUAACCUGCUGUGUGACACUUUGGGAGGGGGAUGACAUGAUAUCUUGUGGUUGUGGAAGAACCUUCUAUGGUUUUCUGUUGACAAAAGUCACUUGGAGUUGAAACAAUUCUUAUUGUCAAUAUAUAAAUGAUGCUGGAGAAUGUCUUUAGAAAUAAAGUUGCUUUAUUCUGAUAAUUAUGAGGAUGCCCUUUACGAUUUCAAACAUACACUACAUGACUAAAAAUAUGUGGACACCUGCUCGCUGAAUAUCUCAUUUCAACAUCAGUCAUUAAUAUGGAGUUGGUCCCCCUUGCUGCUUUAACAGCCUCCAAUCUUCUGGGAAAGCUUUCCUCUAGAUGUUGGAUCAUUGCUACUGGGAAUUGCAUCCGUUCAGCCACGAGCAUUCGUGAGGUCGGACACUGAUAUUGGGCGAUUAUCCCUGGCUCGCAGUCGACGUUCCAAUUCAUCCGAAAGGUGUUCGUUGGGGUUGAGGUCAGGGGCUCUGUGCAGGCCAAUCAAGUUCUUCCACACCUAUCUGGACAAACCAUUUCUGUAUGGACCCCGUGCAUUGUCAUACUGAAACAGGAAAGGGCCUUCCCAAACUGUUGGCACAAUGUUGGAAGCACAGAAUUAUCUAUAAUGCCAUUGUAUGCUGUAGUGUUAAAUGUACACUUCAUUAGGACUAAGGGGCCUAGCCCCAGUGAUGUGCUAAGCCGUACGCACUACCCUCUGUAGUGCCUUACUGUCAGAUGCUGAGCAGAUGCCAUACAAGGCGGUGAUGCAACUGGUCAGGAUGCUCUCGAUGGUGUAGCUGUAGAACGUUUUGAAGAUCUGGGGACCAAUGCCAAAUCUUUUCAGUCUUCUGAGGGGAAUAGGCCUUGUUGUGCCCUCUUCACUACUGUGUUGGUGUGUUUGGACCCUGAUAGUUUGUUGGUGAUGUAGACCCCAAGGAACUUGAAGCACUCAACCCAAUCCACUAAAGCCCUGUCGAUGUGAAUGGGGGCGUGUUCAGCCCUCCUUUUCCUGUAGCCCACAAUCACCACACUGCCAGGUCUCUGACCUCCUCCCUAUAGGCUAUGUCAUUGUUGUUGGUGAUCAGGCCUACCACCGUUGUGUUGUCAGCAGAUGUAAUGAUGGUGUUGGAGUCGUACUUGACCACGCAGUCGUGGGUGAAUUGGCAGUACAAGAGGGUACUAAGCACACACCCCUGAGGGGCCUCCGUGUUGAGUAUCCGCAUGUCUGAUGUGCUGUUGCCUACCCUUACCACCUGGGGGCGGCUCGUCAGGAAGUCCAGGAUCCAGUUGCAGAGGGAGGUGUUGAGUCCCAGGGGUCUUAGCUUAGUGAUGAGCUUUGUGGGCACGAUGGUGUUGAAUGCUGAGCUGUAGUCAAUGAACAACAGUCUCACAUUUGUUUGUUCUAGUAGCUAGGUUUCAAUCCAAUUUGUGACAGCUUUUCAUAUGACUAUUCUGAAAGAGGCCUACGCAUAAAGAAAAUAUGCUAAUUUUCCCACCAGUAGUGUGUUUCCACCAAACAGACUUGUUGCCGAUAAAAAUCGGUGAGUGAUGACGUUGUGGACAAAAAAUUUACACUUUUUGCUUAAGUUUUCAUGUGCCUAUUAAAUAUCUACAGUUCAA